AUGUUCGACAUUGCCAGACCCCUCCACAGCCACUUCAUCAACCUUUGUCUGAUCAUUCAGUCAGUGCCCAUGUCCCUGCUGUGGGUGCGACAACCUCACAUUCUUGUGUGGCUACUGUUCGGUCUGAUCCCCCUUUUCGAGAACACGGUAGGUGGAGAUGCUCUUGCGUUUUCUAUGGCGGUUAUGAUGAUCUACGGUGUAGUGCCGAUCAACCACAAGCUUGUCACAACUGUGUUGAUUGUUGCGAACAUUGCUGCUUGGCUUUUCAAAACAGUUCGGAUGGUAUGGCAAGAAUAUUAUGCAUCAAAUUCAAACAUCUCAUUCAUUGCUGGUGGUGGCGCGACAAUGGGAUUAGCCCUAUCUUGGAUUUGGAUAUACAGCUUCGUGCAUAAGAUGGUGUUCUAUGAACAGGAGUUUGGUAGCAAAAUUAAAACGGAAUAA